AGCCAGUACUCACUCACAGUCACAAUGAGAGUGGCGCUGCCGUAGCACGCCCCACGCCGCUCCGUCUCCGGGCGCGGAAAUUUAUCUGGACACGAAUACCCUGACCGUUAUAAAAUUACUAAAACAGAAUAUUUCAUCGAUAUCGUGGAAUCUAAACGUUUGAUAGAUUUAGUUUUGUUUCUUUCAAUGUGUGUGGCUCUUUGGAACUACGAUGUUUACUUGUUUGCUUGAAAAUGCCUUUCCAUGCGCCUCGACGAAGACAUCGUAGUUUUAAAAAAAUAUUGCUAAAGCAUUAAAGGAGAAAGAUGUCAGGAACCGAGACGAGCGGGAACUCCACGGCGGCGGUGGCAUACUGCAUGCCCGCCGGCCCAAACUUCCAACGGAUGUACGUCAAAGUGCACGGAUAUAUUGCACUGAUCAUCUGUCUACUCGGCUCUGUCGCCAACUCCGUCAACAUCGCAGUACUUAGCCGCAAAGAGAUGACGUCAUCCACCAACUCCAUACUCACAGCACUAGCAGUCGCUGAUCUUCUUGUGAUGAUUGAUUACAUACCUCUCGCGCUGCACAUUUACACGAACAUCGCAGAGGCACUUAACCAGAACUCGUACGCUUGGGCAGUUUUUGUCUACUUCCAUUCCAUAUUCAGCCAAACUUUCCAUACGAUAUCAAUCUGGCUAACGAUAACACUCGCGGUGUGGAGGUUUGUGGCGAUAAAGUUUCCACAGAAAAAUAAGACGCUGUGCAACAAAACGAACACAAAUAUCGCUAUCGGAAUUGCGUACUUUGUAUGUCCGAUUUUGUGUUUCCCGAUAUACUUCGCCAUGGAUAUACAGGAGCUACCCAAAAAACGCAACGAUGCUGACAAUAGUACUGUGAAUGGCACUGAAUUUAUGAAUAUAUCUGUCGUAAGAGAGCCAAUGUAUGCUAUAUCUAUGACCCACAACGAAAGCCUACUGACUGCCAUAUUUUGGAUAUACAGUGUGUUUCUAAAACUAAUACCUUGUGUAGUUUUAUCAAUUUUGAGUGUGUGUUUAAUUUUAAAAAUGAAAUCAAGUGAUAGGAGAAGACAGAAAUUGUUAAAAAAAUCAGCUAUUGCAGUAAAGGAGGGUGAAAAGACUCGUCUCAAUGAAGAAGGCGGUAAGAAAGGCGGCGGCGGUCGCACGGACCGCACUACGCGCAUGCUCGUAGCACUGCUGGGACUGUUCCUUGCUACGGAGUUGCCGCAAGCCUUGUUCGGCUUGCUUACGGCCAUCGCGCCGCAUCUAUUUCAGAUAUGUUAUUAUGCUUUUGGUGAGGUGAUGGAUCUCAUGGCGUUGGUCGGGUCGGCGGUGAACUUCGUGUUGUAUUGCAGUAUGAGUCGACAGUUCCGCUCCACGUUCACCCGUCUGGCGGGAAAGGUGCUGCCGGUGCCCAUGACUCGUCGCGACAGUGAGCUGGCGACUACCACCACCACCACUGUCAAAGCGUAGCGGUCACAGCGCACGGCCCGGUCGGCUGCGCAGUUAUAAAAAAUAACGUAUCAUAAAUAAACGAGUAAAAACACUGUGUUUGUCGCCGAUGGUUCUCUUGCGAGUGGUUGGUUGGGUAAAUAUCAGCUUGACAGUGCCCGCUAGUUUUGCUAUAAGCAAAUUGCUGAUAAACUGUUUAGUGUAGGUCUACACUACUGUCUGGCUAUAGCUUGGCAAGUGCGUUUAUGACACUACCAUGUAAUGCGUGCGACGGGGGGAAUGAACUGCGCGCGUGUAAUGUCGAGCGCGCGGGGCAUCUAUUAUCGCUAUAAGCGGGGCAUCCCGGCCCGCGCGGACCAUUGGGAGUGUUACGAACGAAUUUGCCAAGCUAUAGGUACUACCUGUGUUGAUGAUUUGUCGCGACCACUACUAUUAAAGCAUGGCGGUCACAUGCGCACGGUCAGGGGCUUACCACAACCUUUUGCAAAACCAUCGUAUCAGUAUCACUCAACUUAUUUAAGGACGUAAAUAAUGUUACAUCAGUAAGUGGUACGAAUUGAUUAAAUACAAUGGUUGAUGACGUUAAAAAUCGGUGUACGAAAAUCCUGCGACGAAAAGUCGAAACGUUAAUGGAAUCGCUACGGAUUUAAGAGCUUGUGGUAAGGUCCCAGUUAACUAAACUAAAGUAUUUGACUAUAAGUAAAUUGCUGAUAAACUGUUGAAUGUAUACGAAAUGUCACUUUAGUUAGUAAGGUACUUUUAACCUAUUAAGCUACUAGACAAAUUUUUAAUAUGCGCGAACAGCCGCCUUUGUCUGGUAGAACAUGAAUUAAUUGUUACAAAUAUAAUUACGAAAUAAUAAUAGUAGGUGUAAUAAUCUUGCAUAGAAUUUUUCAAUGUGAAAAUAAAGUAUAUUUGUGUAAACAAAUGUGAUUAUAAGUUAGAAAGUAAUAAUAAGACAAAUUUAGGGUUACAACUCUAUUUUAAAAUAUAAAACUUUAGAUGAAAAAGAAAUACACAUCGUUCUACAUAUUGCAAAAGUUGAUUCCGAACUAAAACUUUUCGUUCCAAUAUCAUCUAUGAGUAGGAAAGUUAUGGCGGUUAAAGUUAUAUUCGCUAGGAGUUUUCUCGAUAGGUACCUAUUGUUCGAAGGAAAUUGCUCAUGCAAAAGCAUUUUCAAUAGAUAGGUAAAUCCACAACUUUCCCAGUAUCACACAGUAGUUAUAUUUGUUGUAAAAAGGAAAAGACUAAUAUUUUAUCAUAGCUUGGAUUUACCGUUCGGGUGCCGGGUCUAUCCGUGUGGCAGAGAGAAAAACUCUGAGUAGAUCCCUGGAUCAUCCUUACACCAACGGGUGUAAGGUUGUGGAUAUUCUUGACAGUUAACUAAGCCCUCAUUCACACGAGAGCUUUUUUAAUGAACGUUCAAAUACAACAAAUGCAUUCCGAAGUAUAUAUUCACAAGACAGCGUUUUUAAAACACGUAUUUUCGAGCAGUGUUGCAUUUUUUAUUUUUGGCGUUGGAAAUAGACCAUUUAACUUCAUACUAUAUUUGAACGCUUAUUAACGUCCGUUAAGAAACUCUCGUACGAAUGUACGAAUCUCGUCGAAAUCUCGAGCUAAACACUCUUCUUCUCCGCUCGUUGUUCUCCCUGCCUAGCUUAAUACAUUUAUCACAAAAAUUGCGUAAACAUUAAUGUAUCAAUUUGAUGGAUCUCUAAGCAGGGUUGUUUGCUUAACCUGUGAAAAUCGGUAACUUAUUGGAAAUUUCGUUAGCCCGUAAAGUUUCGGGAGGAAUAAUAAUUUUGAUAAUAAUAAAAGCACGAGUUUAGUUUCAACAAAAUCAAAAGCAUAAAAUAAACUGCUUAAUUUCUGCAAGAAAUUUUCCUAUAAACAAUGGAGAGUCUAGGAAACUUUUACCUUUUUGCGACUAUGAUAUUGAAACAGAGAAUAUUAGUUAUUAAAUUAAUUCUUAGAAAUAUGAAUACUGUGUAUAUAUAAUAUAUAUCUCUGUGUGUAAGUAGGUAAUAUUAAAUGAAAUAUACGUUAUACAUAUACGUGAAAUUUUAUAGUUAAAGUAAAUGUAUAUAAGUUUUUUUCAAUGUCUGUAGUGUACUAAUUCAGAAUGUCAAUUCACUUCUAUCGAGUGUCUUUGGCAAUAUAAUUAAAUCUCUGAAUUUUCAUUCACAGUAUAACUAAGGUUUUAAAGCAUCCAUGGUACUGAGAAGCAGACGAAUGAACAUUAAUCUGAAGCUUAAUGUUAGUUGAAAGUAGAUAUAAAAUUAGCAUAUAGAAUGUGUGACUGCGCGCAAUUCACAUUUAGAUAAACUUUACGGCGAUGGUGGUUUUGAAUAUCUACAACAACAAGGAUUAAAUGGUGCUUAUUUUUAAGGAUUAUCCUACUGUAAUUAAUUAAUACACGACGCUGAUACUCGUAGUUAGUACAAUUUAACAGCAAUCGUGCUGUAAUUAAUAUUGCAAAACGAUUAGUUUGGCUACGAAAGUAGGUACCUAUAUGUAAAAUCGCCAGGUAACAUUAAAAAUAUUUCGGAGGGCAUUCUCAAAAUUAUAGUGCGAAUAUUGGAAUAACUAACAUUGAUACUUUAUAUCAUCAUCAUCAUCAUAUCAGCCGAUGGACGUCCACUGCAGGACAUAGGCCUUUUGUAGGGACUUCCAAACAUCACGAUACUGAGCCGCCUGCAUCCAGCGAAUCCCUGCGACUCGCUUGAUGUCGUCAGUCCACCUGGUGGGGGGUCGGCCAACACUGCGCUUACUAGUGCGGGGUCGCCAUUCCAGCACUUUGGGACCCCAACGUCCAUCGGCUCUUCGAACUAUGUGCCCCGCCCAUUGCCACUUCAGCUUCGCAACUCGUUGAGCUAUGUCGGUGACUUUGGUUCUUCUGCGGAUCUCCUCAUUUCUGAUUCGAUCACGCAGAGAUACUCCUAACAUAGCUCGUUCCAUCGCCCGCUGUGUGACUCUAAGCCUUCUUAUGAGGCCCAUAGUUAGCGACCAAGUCUCGGAACCAUAGGUCAUCACUGGCAACACGCACUGUUCGAAGACUUUUGUCUUCAGGCACUGAGGAAUUUCGGACGAAAAGAUGUCGCGAAGCUUCCCGAAUGCAGCCCAGCCGAGUUGGAUUCGACGGUUCACCUCUUUCUCGAAAUUGGACCUACCUAACUGGAUCAUAUGUCCUAGGUAUAUGUAUUCGUCUACAAUUUCGAGUGCAGCGUUCUCAACUAUAACUGGGUGGAGCGAUACAUGAGCAUUACACAUUAUUUUUGUUUUGCCCAUGUUCAUUUUCAGGCCCACCUGUUGAGAAACGCUGCUGAGGUCAUUGAGCAUGGUACUAAGGUCAUCCAGAGUCUGUGCCAUGAUGACUACAUCAUCCGCGAACCGCAGUUGAGUGAUGUACUCGCCAUUGAUGUUGAUGCCAAGUCCGCUUCAGUCCAGAAGCUUAAAGACGUCUUCCAGUGCGGCGGUAAAUAGCUUCGGAGAGAUCACAUCUCCCUGACGCACUCCUCGCUGCAACUGUAUUGGCCUCGUAGUCUGAUCCUGAAUACGGACUGACAUAGUGGCGUUUUCGUACAAGCACUUCAACGCUUGGAUAUACCUGUAAUCAAUUCGGCAUCUCUGCAAUGACCUUAGCACAGCCCAAGUUUCCACCGAAUCGAAGGCUUUCUCAUAGUCCACAAACGCUAAGCAAAGUGGCUGGUUAUACUCGUGAGUCUUCUGUAUAACCUGCCGCAGCGUAUGGAUGUGGUCUAUGGUACUAAAGCCUUUUCGGAAACCGGCUUGUUCGGGAGGCUGGAAGUCGUCAAACCUAUUAGCGAGACGAUUCGUGAUGACUCUCGAGAACAAUUUGUAAACAUGGCUUAGCAGCGAGAUGGGUCUGUAAUUCUUCAGCAAGGUGUUGUCACCUUUUUUGAAGAACAGAACCACCACGCUCCUAUGCCACGCCUCAGGCGUCGUGCCAUCGUGAAUGACGGAAUUGAACAAUCGCUGAAGGACUUUAAGUAUCGGUUUUCCACCCGCUUUCAGGAGUUCUGCUGUGAUUCCGUCCUCACCUGGCGCCUUAUUGUUCUUCAGGUGUUUGAGAGCCACACUAAUCUCGUAUAGGCUGACGUCCGGGAUAUCUUCGGUAUAGUGUCGGGUCAACUUGGCUCUGGGGUCUUUAGCCAAAUUGGCAACAGGCUGCUGAGUAGUCGUGUAUAGCUGUCCAUAGAACUUCUCGACCUCACUUAAUAACUCGGGCUUGGAAGAAAUUAGAUUACCGUGUUCGGUCUUCAAACGCGUCAGCUGCCUCUGUCCAAUAGACAGAUCUCUGGCGAAAACUUUCGAGCCUCGAUUAUUUUCAAUCGCAUUUUUAAUACGCUCGGUAUUGAAAUUUCGCAAGUCGCUGGUUUGCGACUUAGAGAUCUGUCUACUGAUUUGUCGGUAUUUUGACGCAUCUGCUGAAGUCUGUAAUCUCAUUUCUUGCCUCUCUUCCAUGAGUUUAAGUGUUUGGUCCGAGAACUUUUUGGUUCCUUUCGCACGGUGGGUCUUAUAGAACUUAGACCCAACGGAAUGGACAGUUUCCACGAACCUGUUGUUCAGAUCGUCCACAGUUUCGCAAUUUGCUAGGCAAUCAAAGCGGUUCUGCAGUUCUAGUUGAAAGGACUCGGGGUUUUGAAUAUGGGCACGAGUAGGUCGGAGCGUAGACUUCACCAGUCGAUACCGUUCCAGCUGAAUGUUGAUAUUCAACGUGCCUCUAACCAUUCGGUGAUCGCUACCGGUUUUCACCCUAUGGAUCACAGAAACAUCGUUGAAUAUUUGCCGUCUGGUAGACAAGAUGAAGUCGAUCUCGUUUUUCGUGGAACCAUCGGGGCUCAUCCAGGUCCAUUUCCUGUGUGGUGGCUUCUUGAAGAAGGAGUUCAUCAUAAAGAGGCCCUCCUUCUCCAUGAAGUCAGCCAACAUUUGGCCCCUAUCGUUCCGUUGCCCAUAUCCAAAUCGUCCCACUUUCAACUCUGAACCGCUACGUUCGCCCAGCUUUGCGUUAAAAUCCCCCAUCACAACAUUGUAAUAAGAGUUUGAGGCAUGUAUGGCUUUAGAAAUAUCCUCAUACAAUACCUCUACCUCCUCGUCAGGAUGUGUCGAGGUCGGUGCGUAAACCUGUAUAACCUUCAACGAAUACCGUUUGGUAAUUCGGAGGACCAGGAACGCUACCCUGCUCGACACACUCUCGACUUUUACAACAUUGUUCACGAGGGACUUGUGAACGAUAAAUCCGACACCACCCUGGGACUGUUGGUCGCCCUCCCGGUAGUAGAGCAUGUUGCCGGAUUCAAGGAUUAUCGAGCCCUCCCCCUCUCUUCGGACUUCAGACAAUCCUAUGAUAUCCCAGUGCAACUUGCUCAUAACUUCUUCCAGCUCGAUGACCUUUUCGUCGGACCUCAAAGUGCGUGCGUUGUAUGUUGCCAGGUCUAGUCGUCGGGGUUGGCAGCGGAAUCUCUGCCGGAGAUUCUUAACACCCCUUGCCCCGCCGUUACCAUAACCGCUGCCAGAGCCAGGAAUAGCGGGGCUGCCGGGGACUAGGGGCUGUGUUUUGUUUUUGCCGUCCAUACAAAGUUUUGCCCAGUACUGACCACGCUGGGCAUGCGGGUUGGUCAGCGCAGUGCUAGAUCACUCGCGCCGGUGUCGCUGCUGCCCGACACCGGCCUGAGGCAUUUCGUAAUCUAGCCUGUGGGAAUGGAUAUACCGCCAUUCGUCGGUCGCCAGAGCCUCGUCGGUCCAUCUGCAGGGUGCACCACGAGCAGGUGAGGUUGGCAGUUGGGGAGACUGACUGGUACUAGCCUCCCCCUUACACCCAAUACUUACUAUAUAGGUUAUAAAAGUAUCAAAGUUACUAAGAUAUAUAAAAAGCAUAUAAAAACACGUAUGUGUGAAUAAUGAAUAUGAUUCACACUUACCUAUUAGUUUUUUUUAACAAACAUGAGUAGAUUUUUUUUUUUUAAUUUGCUAGACUGAUUUCAGUAUCUACUUUGAGUAGCCAAACUCUAUAAACAUAUUUUAUUGUUUUUUUUUUUAAAUAUGUUAUAAAAUAAGUAGCUUUCGGCAGCUCAAUUUCAGCAAUUCAUUUUGAUCGAUCAAUUCGAUUAGAUUAAUUGAAUAUUAUGUUGCUAUUAAUAAAGUUUUAUUGCCCAUAUUGCGGUAACAAUGAUUAGUUCGUAGUACUUUUAAUUAGCAAAUACCAUUAUGUGACCGGGCUUAAUUGUUUUGAAUUGUAUCUGUAUGACCAUGUAUUUUUGGGAUGUGAAUACACUCGAAUUUUAUUUUUAUAUAGGAGUAUAUAUUAAAUUUGAUACUAUGAGAAUAAGAUAUUAAAUUUUUCAGCAAUGUCAUACAGUAUUUCUUGAUGAAUAAUGUUUAUGAACAAAAAAAUAGAAAUGAACAAUUUUCGCCUUUUGGAUAAGGUACUUUCAUAAAGUUUUUAGUUUCCCAUACAAUUAUUAUAAGUUCUUUUUUUGGUUCAAAAUUUUAAAACAUUGAUAUUAUUAAAACCCCCCACAUAAAAAUAUAUUGUGUUAUAACUUUGACUGCCGUUUGUGUGUUUAUUUAUUCAUGUGUUUGUGCUUUAUACUCACAAAUGGAUUCAAAGCUUUCUGUUAUAAAAAUAUACAGUAAACUAUGAUAUAUUACGCAGUUAGUGCAGUAUUCAAUAAAAUAUACUUACGAGUAUUUUAAAAUAUUACCUAUGUAUGCAAUUUGUUCGAGCGCUUGCUCAUAAAAUGUAUUGAAUGGUUUUGAAUUAUGUAUUGCACGACUGCUAUGAAGAGCAUACAGUACAUUUUCAUUGCAUUGAAAUGAAUAUGUUAAUUACCGUACGAGUUCAACUAACAGAUCAUUCAUUGUCUCAUCGUUCAGUAUUUUAUAUUGAUGUACAUACUACUUAUACAUGUAUAUAAGUGUAUAAUAUGGAUUUUUUGGGUUUACUCCUUAAGAAUUGAUUUUUCAUAUAUAGCCCCCGGUAUGAAAAAAUAUGAGCAGUAAAAUUCAAUGAACGAAUGACAGCGUUACGUUUUUUGUGCGCAACCUAUUCUGCGCACCUUUCACGUGUCAGGCGUUGUAUUGAUACGUACAUAGUAUAUGCUGUGGAGCAAUAUACAUCUAUUUAGACAGUUGAUUUGAAAGAAUAACUCCAUUCGUGCGUCGGAGAUGACACACACUUUUUUAUUAUAUUUAAAAGCUAAAGUCAUAGGUUAUAUUAUAUUGCCAUCGGAAACGGGACUAUACGGGCGAAACCGCAUAGCGUCUGCUAGAAGUACAUAAACCUAUUCAUAAAAUGUUAUUAAUUGAUGUAGAUUUGUUUAGUAAGCAUUGUUGAUGUUGAGUUAAUUAGUUUAUUUUAUGCUUUGUAAUGCGUAUUGUUGUCAGACAGACAUUAUUAUAGGUAAAUAUGUAGAUAUAGUAAUUAUGUAACGUACUACAUGAUAUUGAAUCCCUUGGGAUUUUUUUGAAGUUUCUACACGCACAUGGAUGUAUUUAAUGCUUUAUUUUUUAUUUAAAAUUUAUAUUGGUGAUAAAUAAAAGUAAAUAUAAUUUACUAAAAAUAAAACAACUUAAUAGUAAGAUGACAUUUGUAACUUGGUGUUUGUUUAUAAUAAAGUUUUACAUUUAAAAUACAAUAGGUAAAUGAAAAACCACAUAAAAUGUAGGUAGGUAUAUAUGUAAUAGUUCAGAAGUUAGUAGGAAUUAUUUCAAAUGAUUGUAUAUAUUAACCACUUGAAUGAGACUUAAUAGUGAAAUGUUGUAGUUUGUAAAUGUCAUAGUAGAACGUUUAAAUUUUGUAUAGAUUAUGGAUAUGUAAUAAACGAAUUUUAAAGUAA